AUGGUUCUUUUCUAUGGUUUAUUGGCUUUUGAAACAGCCAACAAUACUAUUGCUGCAACAAGAUCAACAACAUCUCAACGAACAAGUAAAAUACGAAAACAAAAAUCAAUUGAAAAAAUAUCAUCAUCAUCUACAAAUUCAUGGAUAUAUACAGAAGAUUUAAGAAAACAUUUUGAAAAACGUUAUAUUGAUUAUCGUUUUGUAUUUGUACCUGUUUAUGUUAAUCAAAAUAAUUUAUAUCAUAAUUCUAAUACAAAAGAUAUAUUAACACAAAAAAAUCCUAAAGAAAAUUCUUGGAUGUAUUCAAAAUCAAUUCGUGAUCAUUUAUUUUAUUCAACAUCAAAAAUAUCAUUACCAUUAACAACAAAUAUAUCAUCAUCAUUAUCAUCUGUUUAUUAUAUAAAUAAUCAAGCAUAUAUUAUACAUCAUAAAUCACAAAUAGAAAAAAAUUCUAAAAAAAAUAUUUCAUUAUCAAAAAAUAAAUUAACAACUAGUUUAUCAUCAAUAUUUACUCCAAAUAAUUCAUCUCUAUCAUUAAUUAAUACUACAAAUAAUUUAACAAAAUUUCAUACAAAUGAUAUUGUACAAGAAGAAGAUGAAAAUAAUCAAAAUGAAAAUAAUUUAGUACCACUUAUUAAUAAACAUCCUUCUAUGAAUUCCGCAUGCAUAACAGUUGAACCAUCGAAUGACAAUAAAAAUUUUCUUAAUACAACAAAUAAUAAUAAAUCAAAUACAAAACAAACUAAUACACAUAAUAAUCGAUUAACACGUUUACGUUCAUUUUUUUUCAAAUCAUCUUCGUCUCUUUCCAGUACUCAACAAACAACUUUACCAUCUUCUUCAUUGCACAAUUGA